AUGGCAGGUUUUCUGCGAGGAAAGCAAGCUGGUAUACAAAACGAUUUAUCUGCUGGUAUCGUUUCAGGUCUAUUCUCUCCCGAUGAUCGCGCGCGAUUUGGCAUUAACUCUCAAAUUGGAUGUCUCGCAUAUGACCCAAUUCAAUCUCUUUUAGCGGUCGGUACGAAUGAAUCCCCCUUUGGCAGCGGCCAAAUCUACAUUUAUGGUCAAGGGCGCGUCCAAGCAACCCUUCAACUCCCCCGUCGCGCAUCUGUCAAAGAACUCCAAUUCGUGGCCGACCGAAUCAUUUCCUUAGACUCCAAGAACGAACUCAUAAUAUGGGAUCUCGCAUCUGCGAAGAAGGUCACGAGCUUCAAUCCGCCGGGUGUGGUUACAACUAUGGUUACGGAUCCUAUGCUGGAUUGGGCACUGCUUGGGUUACAGAACGGAGAUGUUAUUUGUUACGAUCUUGCAUCGGAAAAGAUUGCACCUUUGCGACUACCAAAUUUCUGGAAAGAGAGGAGCCCCAAAUCGAGGUUAUUGCCGGUAGUCUCCAUGCAGCUUCAUCCCAGAGAUAUUGGACAGUUGUUGAUCGGAUAUACGGAGGGUGUGGUUAUCUAUUCCUUUAAACAAGCCAAGCCAAUUAGGUAUUUUGAGUACACUGUACCUGCAGGAGCUCCAGGUGGUAAUACAGACUCGCAAAGUAUUGGAACCGUGAGGAAGCCAAAGCUCACGCAAGUCUUGUGGCACCCCACUGGUACUUUCGUUGCUGGCGCUUUUGACGACGAGAGUUUGGUAUUCUGGGAUUCAAAGGACGGCAGGGUUGUCAUGGCUAGGACCUUGACAGAUACAAACGUUGACAAACCUGGAAACGUCUCAAAAGAUCCUGGAGCAUUUAAUUUCAAGGAGCCAUUUGUGAAGAUUGCUUGGUGUUGUAGAGAGAAUCCGGAUGAUACUGGUAUCUUAAUUGCUGGUGGAUCUAGCAAAAUAUCACCACAAAAAGGAUUGACUUUCAUGGAGCUGGGUCAGACCCCGGUUUAUGCGACAUCAUCAUGGCAGGUUCUUAGCGAUCACUUCGAGGCUAAAAAGCAACAUUUUCUACCUACACCACUUGGUGCAGAAGUGGUCAAUUUCUGUCUCAUUCCAAGGACGUCUCCUCAUUUCGCCGGAAACCAAGAUCCUAUCGCUAUAAUUGCCGUUCUAACUUCUGGAGAACUUAUCACCUUGAGCUUUCCUAGUGGUUAUCCAAUCUCACCUACAAAUAUGCUUCCUCCCUCUUUGACGUUCGUUCAUCCCUUUGUCACGACUAUUGCGGUUGCUCCUCUGGACCGUGGGAGAUGGCUGGGUAUGGUUGAAAGCAGGCAGCGAGGAACACGAAUACUAAAAGGUGGAGCUGAAAGUGUGAAAUCAUUAAGAAAGAAGGAAUCUCGUAAUAUAGUCCUCAUGGCUCACGGAGAUGGUACCGUGAGAAUAUGGGAUGCAGGACAUGGUGAUGAGCUUGAAAAUAGCACAACAUGUCAAGUCGACCUUGCCAGAUCACUAAAUCGAUACGAGGACAUAAAUAUUACUAUGAUGAGUAUGGGUCUUCAGACCGGAGAAUUAGCUGUUGGCACUUCACGCGGAGAAGUGGUUUUGUAUCGAUGGGGAGGGAACAAACGCGUUGGUCAGGAGUUAUCACAAGACCUUGACGUUGUUUCAGGCGGCCUCACAGAUAUCUCUAUACGUGCCGAGCCAGCUCUCAAGGAAGGUUUACAGCCCUACGUUUUGUAUGAUUUGGCUCAAGGGCCUAUUCAUGCGCUCGGCGUUUCCGACAUGGGGUUUGUGGGCGUUGGAUCUGAAGGUGGUGUCUUUUCCCUCAUCGAUAUGCGAGGUCCGUCAAUUAUCUUCACGGGCUCAGUGAACGAUUUUGGAAAGGCGGAAAAGAGAAGUAGUUUCAUGAGAAAGGGAAGUUCUCACACCACAUCACGACCAGAUUGGCCAGUAAUUCUCGAGUUUGGCGUAAUGACUUUAGAGGGGGACAACUACUCGAGUAUCGCUUGUUUUGUAGGGACGAAUCUGGGAAAGGUUGCUACAUUCAAGAUUAUUCCAGAUGCAAAGGGCGCAUAUACAGCACAGUUCGCUGGUGUCACGUCAUUGGAUGGCAAAAUCGUCUCUAUUUCUCCAAUCGUGUCGAGUACUGGCAAUCGCGCUGCUGCAACUGGAGCAACCGUGGGGUCGCUGAGAGAUGGUAUACAGACACAUGGAACAUUGGUCGUUGCCUCCCAAAAAGAAGCGAAGAUAUUCAAGCCAGCAUCUGCCAGAGGAGCUUCAAAGAGCUUCGAUGAUUUUUUGUGCGAAUCAGCUUGCGUCACGGAGUUUGAUGGACAUGGUUUCGCUCUUGUUGGUGUCUUUGCUGACCGCUCGAUUCAUGCCUAUUCAAUUCCCGCCCUAAAAGAAAUUGCUGCGUCGAAAGUUGAUAAACUGGAUAAAAGCCGUUUAGGAUCCUCCAUUGUCACCCCAUCAGGAUGUGUAUUUGGCUGGACAGGCCCUUCAGAACUCGCAAUGCUCAACGUUUGGGGAACCGGCGAACCACUUCCCAAAUCUCAUGACCACCUCUUCAACCCCAAAGUCACAAUUCCACCUCGACCAACAAUCUCGAAUAUGCAGUGGAUAUCAGGCACGCAGUACGUCUCGCCCAUUGACCUCGAUCUUCUCAUCGGUGGUCCAGAUCGUCCACCAAGCAAGCGUAUGAUGGCACUCGCUGCCGAAGAAGACCGUCUCGCUCGCUCGGGUGGUUCUAGUCGAGCGGGCACUGCUCCUGCUCAAGAGGGUUGGGGUGAUUACAUGACUAGACAGCUUAACGAAAGAACAGAGAGGCUGAAUAUCAUUGGCGAUUCGACGGACCAGAUGUUAGAAAAUAGCCAAGGCUGGGCAGAAGACGUCAAUAAAUUUGUUAGUCGGCAGAAACGGAAUAUGUUACUUGGAGGCAUUACUGGGAAAUUCUUUUAA